AUGUCUUCUUCCAUGACCAUGUCGAUGAGCAUGUCAAGCAUGGCCUCAACUGCCACCUCAGCUGCGGCUGCAGCGACAUCAUCUGCAGCGUCAGGCCACGAUCACGGUGGUAUGGAUAUGGGUGGUAAUUCUUGCAAGAUCAACAUGCUGUGGAACUGGUACACAAUCGACGCAUGCUUUCUCUCAAGCAGCUGGCACAUCAGAAAUAAUGGAAUGUUCGCCGCCUCGUGCAUCGGUAUUGCAGCCCUCGUUGUUGCUCUCGAGUUCUGUCGACGACUUGGCAAAGAAUAUGACGCUUUCAUCGUGCGACAGUUCAAGCGCAAUGUCAAUGCCAGAGCAGCAUCCGUCCGAGCACAAGCAGCUGGUGCAUAUGAAGGAAGUGAACCACCUUUUGCUACCUUCCGUGCAACGCCUGUGCAGCAGUUUAUUCGUGCUGUUCUUCACGCCGUGGUCUUUGGUUUGGCAUAUCUCAUCAUGCUUUUGGCCAUGUAUUACAACGGAUACAUCAUCCUCUCAAUCGUUAUCGGAGCUGGAAUUGGAAAGUUCUUGUGUGAUUGGAUGAUUGUAAAGAUACCAAUAUUUGCUCAGACUGACGACAGCGGGAAGAACAUCGACCAUCAAAUUGACGAGGCUAGUGUCUGCUGCGGUUAA